AUGUCGCGAACUCUCCACCUCUACCACACACCAGGGUCUUGUUCGCUAGCCACUCAUAUCGCACUCCAAGCCUCGGGUCUUCCCUUCUCCACCACAAAUCUCAACGCUGCUCGUGGUUUCCCCGCUUCCCAUCUUCAUCUAAACCCAAAAGGCCGCGUUCCAAUCCUCGAGGUAGAUGGCGAGCUCAUCACCGAGACACCGGCCAUCCUCUCCGUAAUCGCUGCGCUGGUUCCAGAGAAAGGAUUACUGGGGAAAGGUCUGAUUGCGCAAGCGAGAGCACAAGAGUGGAUAAUAUGGCUUUGCGGGACGUUGCAUGGGCAAGCAUUUGGAUGCGUGUUUAGGCCCGGUCGGUUUGUCGGAGACGAAGCAAUGUUUGAUGCUAUACGAGCAAAAGGCCGUGAACAUGUUCGAGAGUGUUUCGGAUAUAUCGAGAAGAAUCUAGAAGGCAAGACUUGGGCGAUUGGCGAUGGUUUUACUGUCGUGGACGCGUAUCUCCUUGUCUUCUACCGUUGGGGCAAUAUGCUGAAGAUGGGUAUGAGGGAGACAUAUCCGAGCUAUGCGAGGGUAGUCGAUGGCGUUGUCGCGCAGGAUGAUGUGAAACGAACAAUUGAGAGCGAGGCCAUUAGCGUACUGAAUGAGUAG